AUGGACAGCGACUUCAUCGACGAGGAAUUCGUUCACGGCAAAGAGAUAGAAAAGAUAAAAAAAAAAAAGGAAGCAAUUCUAGACUGCCUGAAAAGUGUGCUGGAUCCGGACUUAAAAAAAAAUAUCGUCGAGUUAAAUUUUGUACGAAACUUAAGAAUUAAAGAAACGGACGGUGGCAACUAUGUUGUUGACUUCGACUUGAACCUGACGACCCCUGCCUGUCCGGUGAAGGACCAACUGUUGGCGGAAUGUCAGAAAAAAUUAGCAACCCACGAAUGGAUUGAAGAAACGAACAUAAACACGACGUUUCUAAAUUAUAAUCAACAUGGGGAAGAACAAGAAGAGGAGAAAAAAAAAAACAGAAAAAUCGAAAAUGUCAUAGUUGUGUAUAGCUGCAAAGGUGGAGUCGGGAAGUCCUUCUUUUCGGUGAACUUCUCCUUUUACUUAAAAAAGAAGGGGGCAUCUGUGGGGCUGCUCGAUGCGGACAUUAACGGGCCCAGCCUUCCGACGUUGCUCCCCUUUGGACAUUCCUACGCCAGGUUUAAGAGCGUCCAGCGGAGGAGCGGUAAGAUAUUUUACGAAAGGGGGGAGAUGGGGAAGCGGGAAAGUCCCAUGGAGGAGAUGACGGAAAAAGGCGUGGGUGAUAGGGAGGGCGAGAACGGAGGGGGGAAGAUUAACCACAUUAGCAGCUACGACGCAGACCGACACGCCGUGCAUCAUAGUGACCGCCUCCCGGAGGACCGCCUCCUGGAAGAGUUCCUUAUCGAGCCCCUCCUCCACCACGGUGUGAAGCUCAUGUCCUACGCAUACAUAAAGAAUCAGAAGAACUUAGGGUUCGCAUCCUUCAGAGGACCCAUCCUAAACGAGCUGAUAAAAGAAUUCAUAGACCAAGUGGACUGGGGAGUUUUGGAUUAUCUAAUAAUUGACCUCCCCCCUGGAACAAACGACAUACAUUUGAAUCUCUUCGAAUCGGAAGACAUCGAUGGGGUUAUCAUGAUAACGACACCAAAUGAUCUUUCCAUCAAUGACGUAAAGAAAGGGAUAAAUAUGUGUAAUCAUUUCAACGUGCCAAUUGUAGGCCUUGUAAUAAAUAUGAGUUCCUUUAUCUGUGACGGGUGUGAAAAGAAACACCUUCUUUUUAAUAACUGCGAUUUGAAGGAACUAAAAGAGGCAUUUAAUAACGUGUAUGAAGUCCCCUUUCAUUCUUUACUCUCAAAGAAUGUCUAUCAUGAUGACCAAACAGGAGAAAGGCACUUCCCCUUUAUCAUUUCAUUUGAGGAUCAUCACCUGAUUCAUAUGUUGGAGAAUAUCUUCCAAAGUUUAACCCGCGAAAUAGCAAUGAUAAAAUUUAUGCACAAAUUGAAUUUGCCAUCCAUUCAGAUUUAUAAGAAAAAUUACCUCCACUUAUCCUUCGACUCGAUUGACAAUAAAUUUGUCUUUUCCGAUGAUGUGUUGGUUUGUCACAUAAAGGAUGUCCGUCGGAAAUGUCCUUGUGAUAUUUGCAGCGUGUUGGAGAAGAAAAAAAAAAAAAAAAAAAUACACGAUGGUAGUUUAUAUGUCAAGGAAAUCGUCAAGCUGGGUAUUUACAACGUUAAGAUUGUCUGGUCUGAUAUGCACGUUUCUGUUUAUUCCUACACCUAUUUGAAGCACAUUUUUCUGAACUUGCGCCUGCGCGGGGGAAACACUUUGUGCGGGGCGGGCAGCCGCGCCUCCCUCGAGUGGUAA